AUGGAGAGACUGAAGCCAGUGUGGGCUGUCAAAGCUAUCAUGGUAAUGGUAUACAGUACUUCGGUUCUAUUUCCGUGCAUCUAUGGUGCUAACCUCACCGUCGGUGGAGCUUCUGGGUGGAAUCUCGGUUCAAAUAUCCAGGAUUGGGUGGCUUCUACAACCUCCUUCACUGUGAAAGAUGAUCUUGUGUUCUCAUAUACGGUGGAUCAUAAUGUUGUGGAAGUAAACCAAAAAGAGUAUGACACGUGUACGACUACAAAUGCCAUAGCCGUAUACAACAAUGGAGACACUGUGAUCCCCCUCACUGGACCAGGAGCUCGCUACUUCAUAUGUGCGUAUCAUUGCCAACAAGGCCUCAAGCUCUCUGUCUUUGUUGAUUUCCCCAAGGAUGAGUAUUCUCCAUAUGAUACUUUUGAUUUUAUCCCGGGGGAAGGCGAAGAAUUGGGUUGUCUCCGAAAUUGUGUCAGUGACAAGUCCCAUGGGUUGUGGGUGUCACUGAUUACCCUCAUCCUCACUUUCAGCUCUAUUUACUUCUCCUUUUUGUAA